UAAUGUUACAAUAUAUAACCAUAUUCUACCUUGUAAACCAUCCACUGUGGGUUAUUGCCAUCAUAAUUAGAGGGACCACCGUUGGUCCCCACUUCAAGAGACCUAUGGGUGGCGUGGCUGAUUUUUGUGCACCUGAAUUUCCAUGGGCAUUUGACUACGGGCGGAAAUGCUGUCGCACAUAUUCCGUAACCAAUCGAUCACAACCCUUGCAAUACGAAGAUACUCCAUCAAAAUGUUUGAACAAUAACUGGAUUGACUGUCCAAACACUAAAGAAUUUUGCGUCUCUUUUUCCAACCCACACUAUUGUCCGCAACCUUCGUCAGUGGCUUUGGACGAAGGAUGUUGCACAGCGGCAGUGGAACGUUGGGCAGAGAGUGAAAACCCUCCUUGUCGAGGAUUCAAGCUUCAAGAAAAUACCCCUUCCUCUUGUUGCCCGUCGGAGGAUUUCACAGUUAUUCAAGAGUGUGCUGACAAUCGACAAAGAUGUUUUAGUGCGGGUCCACUACCUCAUGUGCUGAAUCCCAUUAACCAAACAAUAAUAGAGGAGGAAACUAAUCCAAAUUUUGAUGCAUCAUUUGCGUUGGUAAAUUCAGAUUGCGACAUUCGCAGAGCCAAUUAUUGGGUGGCAAGGCCUGGGGAUUCGUAUUUCAUUAUUGAUUAUGGCUACCAUUUCAUUCCCCGAAAACUCAUCCUGAGAAACAGCCACAACGCUCGGUCUAAUGACAGAGGAGUUCAAGAGUUCAUCUUUUCCGGAUCGAGAGAAAGUGACCCCUAUGAUUGGAUCCAGUUGGUCAGCAAUGUGUUGGAGAAUGUUCAAAGCCCUGGAAUGGCGCCAUGUCAAGCUCCACUUGUCCCAUUUUUGAUUACGACCAAUCUAACCUAUCGAUACUUCCUAUUUGACGUGAUCACGUUCUACAGCAAAGGAGCUGCAUUGCAAUACAUCAGAAUUCAAUAACAAUAUCAUCAACAAACAUACUCCUUAAAGUCUAGGAACUGAUGUCAUAACUAACAAUGGGUGAAGUCAAGCCUUCAAAUUGGUAGCACGCCCAUAAUUUGAUUGAUGUUGUAUCCUCUUUCAUUAUUUUUGUUCUUCUCUCUUUCUUUACUGCUUCUUAAUCUCUAAUCAGUUUCUGAUGAAAACAAAGUUUUGCAUAUCUAGAACCUAAGUGCAAAAGAUGUAUCAACUAUUUGGUGAUUUCUUAUUGUUGGGGUUUGAACAAGUCAUUCUUGAA